UCCCAUACAGAGUAAAAACUAAAUAAGUUUUAAAAUGGAUGAGAUUGAAAAUGAAAUAAUAUCCAAAAAACUUCCAAGAAAAAAGUAUUUUCGUCAGCGAGCCCAUUCCAACCCACUUGGGGACCACAAUGUAGAAUACCCCAUCUCACCCAGAACUAUGGAUUGGUCAAAACAUUAUCCAGCUUACUUUGUUAAUGAGAAAAGCGAGAAUAACGAGAUGGAAAGUGACGACAUGACAGUUCGUAAAGUAGAAGUUCUUGACAUCGGUUGUGGGUACGGCGGAUUGUUAAUUGCAUUGUCAAAGUUGUUGCCGGAUACUCUUAUUACUGGCAUGGAGAUUCGCGUUAAGGUAUCAGAUUAUGUACAGGAAAGGAUCCAAGCUUUAAGGAUGGCCCAUGUUGGAACUAAGGAGUUUCAAAAUGUUGCUUGCAUCAGAACGAACGCUAUGAAAUACUUACCUAACUUCUUUUCAAAAGGCCAGCUUAAAAAGACGUUCAUUCUUUUUCCUGACCCCCAUUUUAAAAAGCAGAAGCAUAAAUGGCGUAUCGUUAGUUCUACUCUCCUAGCAGAAUAUGCUUAUAUUCUUUGCCAAGGAGGUCUUCUAUACACCAUUACCGAUGUAUUAGAAGUACAUGAAUGGAUGGUAAAACACUUUUCUGAACAUCCUUUAUUUGACCGUGUUGAUGACCACGAACUAAAGGACGAUGCUUGUUAUAAAGCUAUGUUCGUUAGCACAGAAGAAGGGAAAAAAGUAGCGCGAAACAACGGCGAAAAAUACCCUGCAGUUUUUAGACGAAAUGAUUUUGGUUUUGCUGGAAAAUCUUCUUGAUACCAAAUCCCGAAUCCUGCAAUUGUUAUUUCUUACGUUGUUUACAUUCCCGAAAAUGGAAUCCAAUAAAAAUAAUGAUGUCUUCAUAUUGGCGGAAGUCUUAGCUUUACAAGUUAUAUUGGUAUAGAUAUGCUGAAUAAAAAGAUGUAACUUGAUUAUGUGGCUGUGGUGGAGCAACGACAGUCGUUAUAACAGGAGCGUUCGGUGUGAUAAAACCUUGUUUAACUUUUGAGUAGUUAUGAUCUGUUUUAUAAAAUCAUUCGUAAUUCGUAACUUUGUGGGUGGUUUUUGAAUUGGUAAACUGUUUUAAGGUAUCUAACAUUUGCAUAGCACAUAAGAACAACGAAGUUGGAGCAAAUGCUGUUCGGUGUCUCAUCUAAGGACGAAUACGUCCACAACGAUGUCUUGCGCCAUGUUCUUUGUACCUGUUUCUUUCGAUCCAGAGCCGAACUCUGUUGCCACGUGUAACGCACUUUCAUUUUAUUUUCUCACUAAUAUUGAUUGUAAACAAAGAAUCAUAAAACCCUAUCCUCACGACUCCCAAAUACCGUUGUUAAUUGUUUAAAAUACGAUCAGGAUAUUUAGAUAUUAUGUGUUCAAUGUGUCCAAUCUCCCACUUUACUAUAUAUACUAUAUAGUUUUUUUACCAAUGUCUUAAUGCAUCUUUACAUGGCAUCAAGCUGAGUAGAAUAGAUCACCGAAUACAAUCGUCCACUCAUA